CUUCACUGUGCUGCUUCCUCUUUCCUUGCACUUCCCGGCAUAAAAAAACUGACUCUCGGUACCAUGGCCGACAGAAGUCAUUCGCAAAAAAGAAAGGAGCGACAAGAGAAAGAAGCCAAGGAUGGAAAAGGAGUGAAGAAUGAAGGAGAUCAUGCUCAGGAAAAUAGAGAGGUUCCUUCAGAUAACAAUGCAGCCCUUAAUGGUGACAGUGAAGAUCUUCAGGUUGAGCCCAUGGAACUUCCUCCAUUUGAAAUAACUGCAAGGGAGCGGAUCGAUCCUUUUGCAUUCAAGUUCCAGUUCAAAAAUGUGGAAUACUCUUCAGGCCGCAAUAAGACCUUCUUGUGUUACCUGGUGGAUAAAGGAAACACAACUGAAGGACCUGACAGAGGCUGUCUGGAGGAUGAGCACACAGGAGCGCAUGCUGAGGACGCCUUCUUCACGCAGUGCCUGUCCGACUAUGUCCCAUCACUGAAAUACACGAUCACCUGGUAUGUGUCAUGCAGUCCCUGCUCUGCUUGUGCUGCAAAGAUAGCUGACGAGUUAAAAGCCAAGAAAAACAUCCAACUGAACAUCUUUGCUGCUCGGCUGUUGGAGUGGGAAGAAGCCGAGAUUCAGGCUGGGCUGAAGGCUCUGCAGAAAGUUGGCUGCAAGCUGAGAGUGAUGAAGCCUCUCGACUUCUCCUAUGUCUGGGAUACCUUUGUGGAGAAGGAGGACCAACCUCUUAACCUGUGGGAAGACUGCAAAGACAACUAUGAGUAUUAUCAUGAGAAGCUGGCAGACGUUCUUCAGUGACUGCAUCCUAAAAAAUAGAGCAGUGUCUUUUUUUGACACUUUCUAACUGGGGAAGAAGCAGCAGCUCAUCCUUGUUAGCAUCGGAAAGGAACCUUGGUGUACUAAUGUGAAACGUCUUCUACUGUGCUUUUCAAUUGUAACCUUAGAAUUUUAUA